GCAGUGGGCGGGGGCACUACCGGGAAAGGGGGCGGAUAGCGGGUCCCGCGGCGGCGACGGCGCCUGACCAAUGGAGAGACGCGGUUCCCGGCGCUUGGCCGGCGGCAUUUAAACCGGAGACCCGGAGAUGCCCGACACUCGGUGCACUCUUCGCAGACCUGAAGAUCCAGAACACCGCGGUAGCGGCGCUCUCCUUCGUCUUCCUCCCGCGUCGAGCCCGAGUGGCUCCGGCCGCGGUCGCACGCAGCGCCACGCGUCCACAGCGAAGGACCCGAGGACCCACGGAAGUGACAGAAUGAAUCGCACAGCAUACACUGUGGGAGCUUUGCUACUCCUGCUGGGGACCCUACUGCCAACAGCUGAAGGGAAAAAGAAAGGGUCCCAAGGAGCCAUCCCACCUCCUGACAAGGCUCAGCACAAUGACUCUGAGCAGACCCAAUCCCCACCACAACCUGGCUCCAGGACCCGGGGGCGGGGCCAGGGGCGGGGCACUGCCAUGCCUGGAGAGGAGGUGCUUGAGUCCAGUCAAGAGGCCCUGCAUGUGACAGAGCGCAAGUACCUGAAGCGAGAUUGGUGCAAAACUCAGCCCCUGAAGCAGACCAUCCAUGAGGAGGGCUGCAACAGCCGCACCAUCAUCAACCGCUUCUGUUACGGCCAGUGCAACUCCUUCUACAUCCCCAGGCACAUCCGAAAGGAAGAAGGCUCCUUUCAGUCCUGCUCCUUCUGCAAGCCCAAGAAGUUCACCACCAUGAUGGUCACACUCAACUGUCCUGAGCUACAGCCACCCACCAAGAAGAAAAGGGUCACACGCGUGAAGCAGUGUCGUUGCAUAUCCAUCGACUUGGAUUAAGUCAAAGGGGGCACAUUCAGCCUGUCAUAGCCAUGCCGAGAGCCACACCCAAACCACCCGAUUCCUACUUGGCUUAAACCUAGAGGCCAGAAGAACCAGCAGUUGCUUCCUGGCUGGAGGCUGCUUAUGCAUAGUGUAUGCGCAUGAGUGUGCGUGGGUGCCUGUGGGUGUUUCCAACAGCCUCUGCUAGAAGGCACUUCCUGUUACUCUGUUUCAGAUGGUCGGAAAUGCCCACACCACUGGACCCAAACACCCACAAGGGCAGGGCUGUAGUUGGCUUUGUCAUUGUGUUCCAUGUGCCUCCUGGGCACCAGGAUUUCACUUGAGAAUGAAUACUAAGGGCGGAGGUAACUCUGAGGGCUGUAUUAGACUUGGAACUGUUCAGUGCUCGCCCUAUACUCCCACAGCCCAUUCCUUUCUUUGUUUUCCCUGACGUCUUAGUCUUAGCCCAUGUUCCUAAAUUAAUUCACUUGACCGCGGAUGUAAAUGUCUUUUGUCUUGUGAAGAACCUUCAGAAAAUGGGGAGACAUGUGGUGAUGGCAAACAGGACAGAGGAUUGACACAGGAGCUGUGGGCCAAGGACCAGUUUGGGCCAGUGAAAUCCAGUAGCAAGAUGUCCAGAGUUUAAAAGUUGUUUCCAAAAACAAUAUGGGCUUUGUUUUAGCAAAAGGGCUUUCCUGAUAUUUAAAAGAACCCAGACACACGGAGGAGAAAUAUAAUCAGCAAAAAAAACCCCAAUUCUCUGUGCCGGCUUCUGUGACCUACUGAUACUAGAUGUAACCCAAAGUUAAGGGUGAAAUAUUGACCACUUCUAUUUUAAGAACCAAGUGAAAUAAAAAUAAAUGUGGCCUCCUACUUUACUUUGCCUCUCAGGAAGACAACUGAGAGCCUUGUUCACUGGGGUAAGAAAACGCGAAACCUCCUAAGGUUAGUUCUGCUGGAUUAACGUUGCUUGUCUGUCGUUCUUGAAAGAUGCUUCAGACAUGCAGAACCUUUCAAUACAAACCUGCUUUUCUUGAGGUCACCUGCCAAUAAGAAACAGUGUAAGAUGAAGAGCCCUCUGCUAAAUUUGAGUUAGACAUGUCUGGGGCCUUUUCUGUUUGGCUUUUAUAAUAGAGAAUCAGAGGAGGGAGGGAGAGAGAGAGAGAGAGAGAGAGAGAGAGAGAGAGAGAGAGAGAGAGAAGUAAGGGCUCUGUUGGCCUGCCUCUACUUCAUUUGCUCUCAGAGGGUCAAUAGGAAAGUUCCAUUAGGAGACCAGGACACUAGGGUCUAUUUACAGGUCACCACUCCCAGUGGAUCAAUGUGGCAUUGUAAUCAUUAUGCCUACUAGAGAUGUUGUCCUCUGAAUACACGUGGCUCCCCAAAUAUCUACUUUGCAUUCAUGUAAGGGCCAGAUUGAAAGGUGGGUGGGCUUUGAUACAUUUUGGUUUGGCUAAGCAAUAUUCCUUAAGACUGAGAUGCUAGCUAUAAAUGCUCCAAAUACUUUUUUUUUUUUUUGUCUUUUCCUCUCAGAGUGACUAGUCAAGUUAUAUAUCAUUUGGAUGGCAGACAUGCACUGCCCAUCAAAGAUACCACAGUCAAAGAAUCAUUGAAAGUAAAGAAACUUUUUUAUUUUGGUCUAGCCCACUCCCAUGAGACAUCUGAACAGGAACCAUAUUGUAAGGCAAAUGCUAUCUUGAAUUCCCAAAGCAGUGGGUCUACUUUUGAAAGUUUAAAAGUCACUACUGAUGAAUUUGCACAAGCAUAGCCUGUGAGUUUCAUUUGUACUCCGUGCUCCAACCCUGAAUCUCUUGAGUCUUCUAUCUCCAUAGCCAAUAAGUCACAGGAUGGAUUUGAUUAGGCCCACAAAUGCAAAGGCAGACUUUGGAGGAUAGUGAAGAGAGAAAAAUAAGAGAAGAGGAAGCUGAAAAUGUAGAACCACACCUGAGAGGAAAAAUGGCACUCAGUGCUGAGAAACACUGUGUGUCGUGCCUUAAUUCUGCCACAAACAUGCAGUAAACGUAAAAUAAUAAUAAUAAUAAAAAGUUUUCCAUCCACAGUUACCUUCUAGGAGCUUGUACCACAGUCUCUCAUGUAAGUUGGAUUUAGAUUUGGUUCAUGUCAAUAGGAUUGUCUCAAAAUUAACUUCUUCGAAACCAUCAGCAGCAUAAGUACCCUAGAAGCGUAUCACUGACCAUAGACGGGGAUGUCUGCCUUCCUUGCUGUGCCUAGACAGAGAAUAUGAGAAAUAUGUAUCCUCCAUCAUUUAUUGGAGAUACCCUGUCUGUUGCUUAUUUUGGACACACCAGUAAUGUAAUGGUGCACAUUUUCUCCAACACUGUAGUAGAAGAUUAGUUGCGAUCUCCAUCUUACUUAUUAAAAUAAUGCCAGAAACCAAAUAUGAAUAUUAUGGCAUUCAAUUUGUACUUGGCACUGAAAGAGGAAAACCACACACAGUGUCAGUCUGAGUGCAUCUUUGCAACAGUACUCUUCAAAGCUGUUAAGUGAAAAACCUGGAGGAGAGGAUAGUUUCCACCGUGUGGAAUGUGAAUAAGCAAAAAGUUAUGGUUAUUUAAUGUAAUUAGGAAUUCAAAGUCCUUCGGUUACUGUGAUUUCAAACAUGUCUUCUUUCUCUAUUUUUAUAUGACAGCCUCUGAGUUGGGCAAAGGAGAAACGGGCCAUUGUAUGUUGCUAGAGACUUUUGUCACAUCAGAGGGAAACACAGUCUUGUCACAUAGGAAGAGAUGUUGCCAAGUCAAGGAUGAGCUUUUACUUUAUUUUCUUUUAAAUUGAAUGUUCCUUAAAGGUCAACACUCUGAAGCAAUAUUAGGAAAGACUUUAAAUGUUAUUUUGAGAGACUUAUGAUGUGUGUAUACAAGCAAAUUGCAGAUAAUGAUAGCUAGUUCAGACAUAUACAAACAGAACAUUUCUGAGCUGAAUGACUGAAAGAGAUUCUAUUGAUUUGUCUGUCCUCAAAAUAUUUAAUAUCAUCUACAUUGUGUAUUUAAUAUGCUUUAAUCAUUGUAAAACAACAAAGGAUUAUAUAGGCUAUGACGGAACUACUACUUUGCUAUGGAUGAGGGUGAGGCAGGAUUUAAUGGUCUCAUAAAAGCUAAUUUGGCUUAAAGUUUUAUGAAUCUGUAACUAGAAUUUAAUUUUCACCCUAAUAACAUUCUAUAUAACCUUUGCCAAACAAAGCAAUCAAUAAAUUAAACCUCUUCUUUUUGUGUA